GCUAGCCCGCUACUGCUCUCCGAGACUCCGACACUUAACCACUACGGCGAUCGCUCACGCCGUGUAUACACGCGACAAUGCGCGGCGACCGCGCCGCUCGUGACACGCGUCACAACAAGGACCAUGAAAAUUUAAAAUCAUCGCUAAAAAAAGGAGUUAAGACUAAAAAACAUCGCGUGGUUUUCGACGAGAGCGCGAAUGAAUUUUUUGAAGCUGAUUAUAUUAUUGUUGUCCGCGAUGAAUGCGGAUACUCUGACGAGGACGAAAACGAGGAGUGUUCGGGAUGUGGAGCUUGCGAGCGGUUUCAGGACCCCGAGCCGGGCGCGCUCAGUCCGCCCGAGGGAUACAAAGAUAUGGGGCUUUUCAAUAGGGAUGGAACAUUGCGAGAACAAGCAUGGUGGGAUGCUGGUGAUGUGGUGCUGGUGGGCGAACGGUCUGGGACAGUGUUCACGCCGCAGCAUCUACAGCUCUUGCGGAGGCUGCAACGGGAGCGAUUGUUACGUUCCACCGUCUGUGCGGAUUGCGACGCACACCCCACGAUUCACCAGCCGCACGAAAUGGAUUAUGGUUACGAAGAAGAAGACGGCAGUGACGUUGACAGGGAAUUGCGACCUGUAGCUCGCAGGACCGGGAAGCAUAUUGCAGCUGGAGAAGAACGCCCGCGCAUCAAUUCUAGCCAACAGACUACGCCCACUGAAGAAUGCCCUCCAGAUAUGUGUAUAGAAGAAACGCCAACAGAGUUGCCGACCAUGGCACCAGCAAAGAGUGAGGAAAGUGAAGUUAUUGAAAAUGAAGGGCAAAUGUCAUCAGAAAAUUCACCGCUACGACAACGUCGAGCGGGCAUAUUGAAGGGAGGACGACUGUGGAAAUCAUUAGAUACCGACAAAGACACCUGUGAACAAAAUGACGAUCAACGUUCAACAACUGCAAGUGAUGAAGACGGUUCAAUUACACCAAGAUUUGUUCGGUUUGUUGAGAAAUCAAAAGAAUGUGAAGAUGAAGUUAUCGAAAAGAAUGAGGUGGAACCUCUUCAUUUAUCGGACUCAGAACAAAGUUCUCAUAAAGAAUUAAGUUCCAACGUUGGACACAGAUUAGAGACGCCAUUGAUUUUGACGAUAAGCGCGCCCAAAACGAAUUCAGCGGUGCAACAACUGUUCAACAGCAGCCGACCGCCGCCCCCGGCAAUUGAACCCCAGCUGGUUACUUCUGAAACACUCAGAGCAUGGGACGCGGGGGGGAGACCUAAAGCCGAAGAGGCUGCCGUAAGACGCGUCGCUGAAAGAAACGCUUUAAGAUGUUCACUUCUCCGAAGCGAAGCCAGAAAAAAGCAACAACCAAAGCAAGAAACUACAUCGCUAUCAGAAAGGAUUCGACUAUUAACUUGCGACGUAGAAGACGAUGAACAACACGAGGACCAGAGGUCGUCGCCAGCAGGCACAAGUAUCGACAAAUUCUCAAGCAGUAGCGAUAAAUCCAGUGAGAAAUCUUACAACAGCAUUGACAAAAAUAACGAGAAGGCAUUCGGAAGUGCAUCGUCAAGUUCGUCCUCAUCUACACUGUCUGCGCCGGUGCCGACUCGUCAACAGCCACCGGACUUAGGAGAUGUACAUCAAGAGCCACAAAAGCCAAGAUCGGAGCCACGACGACAAUUUCUAUCAACCCUCGCACCACUCACAGCGUGCGUCGGAAGCACGGCACAUCACGAAGGAUUUUAUUAUGUGCCACCCGGAGAUCGAACCUCUGCCUCUUCAACUACAAACCUCGAUUUCCAGGAGCACAAUGACGCACCGGCUCCCGACGUAGUAGCGGGAACGCCAGGUGCCGGCGAAAGCGACGACAGCUUAGCUGCAUUUGCGCGUGCGUCCGCGUCUCGAACCGAAAGACUUCGUCAGCGAUAUGGCCAGGAAUCGCAACCGGUUAGCAGUGAUGAUGAACAUGAUGAUUACGGUUUUCAUCGUCGACCAGCGGUGAGAGGUAUUGCUGUGAAGCAACAGCUCGGAGCUUCAGAUGAAAUUCUACAGCAGAUGCAGAACGAACUGCAACCAACUCCGACGCCAAGUACAACAACGCCAGUUCCCAGUCACGCUUGCCAGCGCACCAGUUCAAACUAUUCCUGGCCAUACUAUUCAGAAGCGAAUCUUAAUUCUAGGCCACAGAGCAGAACAAGUGUUAACAGCAACUGGUCUAAAUCGGAGUACGUACCGCGCCAAUGCAGCAGCACGCCGGUAUCCCAACACACUGAUUCUUGCUACGCGCAUGCUCAGAAUGUUGCAUCUUACCACUACCAGCGGCAGCACGAGAACGUGUAUAGAAACUGCUCACUCUAUGCUAACAUUGGAUGUUCAGACAGCAGUCAAGAGUUAUACAGCUCACAAACAAGUUCAGAACAGACAUCACCGGUACGCUCUGGUCGAUGUAGGAGACCGGAGUCUCCUCCUCCAAUACGUAGUCAUCACCAGCUGCUCUAUGUGCCGUAUAGCAAUCACUACCACUAUCAACAGGAAUACGCGCAAACUUGGAAUGCUAAUGAUUACAACCGCGUGCACUCGUACUACCAGCCGCAAGCAAUGAGCGGCGCUAGCACGCCACAACCAGCAGCCGCGGCUGUACCGCAGCGUGCCCACUAUACCCAUGCCCUACAACUACAGACUUUGUGCCCAGCUCCGGCAAGGUACAGACCAGUGCCCGCACCUCAACCCGGUGGAGGAAAACAAAUGAUUUGCUACUCUGAAAAGGUAGCAGCACCACUAUACCAGCCAGCUCCAGGAUCACCUUCACGCACUUCAAGAGGAGCACCUGAAGGAACGGCCACAGCUACUUCACCAAUGACUUCUUCGCAGAACCCCGUGUACUACGCGAUGAACGUCUGACAAGGCGACUAGGUAAAAAUUGUCGUGGGUCGCGAUGCUGUUCGUAUCAGCAUUCAGCCACCUGGACAUUCAACGGACAUCACUAAAUAAUUCAAUGUCGCUAUUUUGCGGGCGCUGUGUAUUUCAUAGCUUCUGCGAUUUAAGAGGUCGGGUUUGACAACGAUGACACUUCACAACUGUGAGAACGACAAAUAGAUUCAGCAUGUAAUUACUUGGCGAUUGUAUUGCUAUUGUUUUAUGUUAUCAUAAGCCGAGCCAUGCGUAAUUAUAUUUAAACAUGUUAGUAGAUAUUAUAAUUUAAAUAUUCUUACAAUUUUUUAUUAACAUUUAAGUUAUGACAUUAAAAAACGCAAGUUUAAAAAUAAAUAUCAUACGUGAUAGAUAUUUGACGCUUAAAUUGUAAAGUAUUAUUAACUUUAGUUACCAGUAAACCAAUGACGUUUAAAUUAUUAUAUAGAUUUAGUUGUUGAAAUACUUACUUGAAUAUAAUGUAACCCUGUGGAAUGUCAAAUCCGACAUCUUAGCUUACGCGAAGACAAAAGCAAAUUAUGAAAUAUGUUGUUAAUAUGAAUACUAGCAUAAUAUAUGUAAUUGAAUUAAGGGUCAAUGAUCUUUCUUCUCGAAGAAAGCUGUUGAACAAAUCUACACUAAGAGUAUUACAUACAGUAUUUAUUUAUUAGAUUCAGUGUACUUUAAUAAUAAUAUGAUUAAUAUACGGCUUUGAUAAAUGUUAUAGGCUAAAGAACUAUAAAACCUUAAUAUUGUAAUGAAAAGAAAAAGAGUUUCCAAAGCAAAUUAGUUACCGCGAAUUGUAUUAUGCCAUUUUUAAGCUAAUCUUUAUGCAAAUGGAAGGCUGAUACAAUUUGAACUUAACUUCCGAGCGCAGUAGUUUUAGAAAAGAUUGAAAAUGAUCCGCUCUUAGCUUCCAGACACAUUAUAAAAUUAUGAAAUUUUACAGAUAUUUACGGACGAGAAAAUUAAAAUACAUGAUGCGUGUCGUAAUUUCUACUUAAGAUAUUUAAUAAAAAGCGAAGUAGGAUAGAUAAUUGGUUUUUAAACUGGCCAAAUCUUCACGAUAAUAUCGUUUGCUGUUCGAAUUAUAUAGAUAAUGUGUAUUCUAGUUUAAUAAAACGAGAAUGUAUAAUAUCUCGAUGCGGAAAAUCGAUUUUAUAAGUCGAAAUUGAAAUCAAUACAUAUUUAUUAUAAUCCAUUAGACACUCUGUUCUCUUGCUGUUUUAUCUAUAUAUCCGUCUAAUUUGGAUACACAUGGAUAGACACAUCUAAUUUGAGUUAGAAUAUU